AUGGGCAAAUCUAUCAACGCGAAGGCAUCCUCGGCGAUGACAAAAAAGUCAGGCGUGUCUAAGAUGAAAACGACCUCUGUGGCUAAAAAGUCCGUCAAGAAACGAGUGGAAAUUGACCUCCAACAGCCUAAAGACAGGGAUCCCAUCGAUUCCAAGAUGGUGUCUGAAACCCAAACUGAAGAGAAGCGUGUUACCGACGAUAAUGAAGCGCAACGCAUGGCUGAUGAGAUUGAGGCGAAACGAAUCGCCGAACGAGAAGCUCGCAGGAGCGGACAUUACGACAGCAUUGUCCCAAACCUGUCGGAGUGGUGGAUGAAGAAUUUAUAUUCAGGAGAUGCUGUCGACGAAGCAUUGGAACGCCAUGACCGUAUCCAUACGGGUAACGCGCUUUUUAUGGCGUGGGAAGAACGUUUUCCUGCCGCUUGGAACCAGCCCUGCCUCCGGUAUGACGGUCCAUUUAACGACAAUACAGGGACAGCAACUUGUGAAGAUCGUUUCGCCCGCAUUUUCACAUCAAUGAAUUCGGAUAAUAGUCAAUUGACAAAAGACCUCAUUGCCGCAUUUGACACUGAAACGAUGGAAGUGAAUCCGUCUGAAGAAAUCUGGUCCUUACGCAUUUUGGCCAUGCGGAUGUCUUUACAAAAUCCGAUGUAUUCUAUUUCCGAACCAGGUACGGAUGUUCAACGCGAUUCCACCAGCUCCGAAGGGGACCAGGUGCAAAACUCAAAUCGCUUUGCACCUCUACAAAGUGACGAUGACUCGUUUGACGGUAGUGGAAUUCAAGAAUUCGACGAGGUUGAAGUGGUGGCGGUGAAAAAGAAUGACUCCAAGGCGCCUGAGUCGUCAGAUGAAGAUGAAGACACUGAUGCUGAUGACACUGACGACAGGGAGAACAUUGUGGACGACGCAAUGGAGGAAGACCGCUGGGGCGAACCCGCACGAUGA